UAGGGAGUGAGGAUCAUGAGAUGGGAAAUAAGAGCUGUGGUCCCCAGAAGUUCUGGACAUUGAGGGACAGUCGGGAAACAUGAGUGACUCCAAGGAACCAAGGGCACAGCCACUGGGCCUCUUGGAAGAGGAAGAGCUGAUAACCAGCGGUAUGAAUUUUUUUCCAAGAGACUUUGGAUUCCGACAGACUCGAGGCUACAAGAGCUUAGCAGGGUGUCUGGGCCAUGCGCCACUGGUGCUGCUGCUCCUCUCCUUCACGCUCUUCACUGGGCUCCUAGUGGCCAUCCUUAUCCAAGUCUCCAAGAACCCCAGCUCCCAGAGGCAGGAGCAGUCCAUGCAGGAGGAGAUCUCCCAGGAUCUGACCCAGCUGAAGGCUGCGGUGGAACGCCUGUGCCGCCCCUGUCCCUGGGAAUGGACAUUCUUCCAAGGAAACUGUUACUUCAUGUCUAACUCCCAGCGCAACUGGCACGACUCCGUCACCGCCUGCCAGGAAGUGGGAGCCCAGCUGGUCAUAAUCGAAAGUGAUGAGGAGCAGAACUUCCUACAGCUGCAGUCUUCCAGAAGCAACCGCUUGGCCUGGAUGGGACUUUCAGACCUACAUGAGGAAAACACGUGGCAAUGGGUGGAUGGCUCACCUCUGUCACCCAGGUAG